AUGUUUCCUGCAAAACUUGUUUUUGUCACAGCACUCUGUUUCUCUGUCUUCUUCAACCUUGUUUUCACUGGGGAUAUCACUAGAGAUGCCAUAUCUUCUCCUACAGAUUGUGCCAAUUGCCCUACAUGUCAGUGCCCUCCUUCCAUUCCAAAUCCAGGGUACCCUUUAUAUGGCCCUCCUCCACCAGGACCACCCCCACCAUCAAUUCCUAGCUACCCGCCGCCGCCGCCUCAACAGCAUGGUCAAGGAAAAUGCCCCCCAACUCAGCCUGCUCAAUGCUGCCAGUACCCUCAAUAUCUCUCUCCACCAGGUGCCUCAGGAGGAUUUGUGCCUUACCCUGAUGGCACCCAUGCAGGUGCAGCUUCAUCUGCUUUGCCAAUCUUCCUUUCAGUUAUGAUGCUGUUGUUGUCCUCCUCAGCUGUUUUCUUUUAA